AUGGAGGUCGCUGCUUUAAUAAAUACAUGUCCAGAGGAGGAGAAGAAGGGAGGGAGCGUGGACAAAGGGAGGAACACAGAAGCAGAGGUGAGGAAGAUGGACAGAAGAGACACCCAGCUGGUUUGCUCUUUGCUGUUGUGUAUCAUCACUCAGGCGUGGUGCCAACAGUGUACUGGGACAUGUCAGUGCCCACCCAGCAUGCCACGCUGCCCUGUUGGUGUUCCUCUGAUGUUAGACAGCUGCGGAUGCUGCCAGGCGUGUGCUAGGCAGGAGGGCGAGGCCUGCACCGACCGGCUGCCCUGUGACAGCCACCGAGGGCUGCACUGCGACUACAGCGCCAGCUUCCCUGGAGGGCCGGGACGGUGUGUCGAUCGGAACGAGCUGGGCUGUGAGAUAAGUGGCCGGAGGCUGGAGGAGGGGCAGGUAUUUCAACAUUCCUGUGCCCAGCUCUGCCACUGCCUGGGGGGAGGGGUGACCUGCGUGCCCAUGUGCAGCGAUGAUCUGCAGAGGCCCACUGAGAAGUGCACCAGCCCUCAGCUGGUGCGACUUCCAGGGCGCUGCUGCAAAGAGUGGGUGUGUGAUGGCCUGGACAACAGCAUUUCUUCAAAUCCAUCAGCAGCAGAGCAUACGCGUCAGGACUACGGGGGUGGGCUGUCUGGCCCAUCGCUUGGCUCAAUCUCCAACUGUAUCGUGUGGACCUCAGACUGGAGCCCCUGCUCCCACAGCUGUGGCCCAGGUGUCUCCACCCGCACCACAAACAGGAACUGGGCUUGUCGCCUGCAGACUGAGACCAGACUGUGCCAGAUCAGACCGUGCCGGACUCUGCAGCUGGGGCUCCCAAGACUGCAGCCGGGUUCAGGGGUGUGCGAGAGCAGCUACAGAUCACCUGUGUCCAUUCAGCUGGAACAACAGGGCUGCUGGAGCAUCCGAGCCUACCGUCCUAGGUUCUGUGCCUUGACCUGUCCGGAGGGACGCUGCUGCAGCCCCUCACACACCAGGACAGUGCAGAUGUUUUUCCGUUGCCCCCAGGGCGGUCUAAGCCAGCAGCAGGUGAUGAUGAUUGAGUCCUGCUCCUGCAGCAUCUCUAACUGCCGCCCGUCCCCAGCCACAGCUGCCCGGAGUGUCCUGCCAUGGCUGUGAGCAUGCAUGGGCAGGUCCCAUCUGUGAGGAAAGUGACAAGUACACACAUGAUAGUUGAGCCAUUGUUUCAAAAUUAUGGAAAUAUUACAAUCAGGAUGGGAUACUUGACACUGGCCAAUAGCUGUUGAGAAUAGAGUAUCCAGCAAAAUGGGCACUCACAUUCGAAACUAUGUACUAAGAUGUAUGCAGUAAUCUGUAUCCAGAGUUAAAACAAGCUAAAGUUAACCUCAUUCACAUUGCCACAUUUGUUUACUUUCUAUGCUCCUACAAAUUCUCAUAUCACCACAUCUUACCAUUUGAAUCCCAUCCACUCUUUGACAAAUUCAGAUUUGUACUGAGAUUAAAAACAUGUCCACCCUUGCACUAGGGACACACGCUUAAGUGCCAGUCAUAGUCUGGGGAAAACAUGUCCUCAGUGAUAAUAGCACCAACGGGUUCAUUUUGAAGCCUGCAGUUUGAGUUUAGUCAGACAUACACAUGGCACAGUGAAUCCUUAAGCUUAACUGUAUCUGUGGAUGGCUACCUUAGUGGCCACCUUACUAUAGGCUAAUUUAUCUUUGCUGAUAAUAUGUUGGAUUCAUGUUAAUGUACAGUAUAUUUUCAGACAUUUUCAUGUUUGAAAAAGAAAAUCAAAAAAUUAUGAAAUAAUAAUUUGGUUCCCCCCCUGCAGUAACUACCCCUGUUAAAGCUCUCUGUUAUAGAUUAUCUUUGGCUACAAGGACCAGGAUUUCUGUCAAUCUGCUCUCAUUGUUCUUUCCGCAAUGAACAGAUGUGUAUCUCAGUAAACUGAAACUGAAAUGCAAGAACUGAAUCUGAAUUGUGAGACCUCAAUAUGGAAGUAUAGAGAGAGUUGAAUUUUCAGUUUCAAGUUUAUUAGAAUUCAGUUCCAAACUAAAUUCAAUUUCAAAUUAUGCGAUUCAGAUUCAGUUUUUCAAUGCAAUUAUUCAAAUUAAACAAUUCAGAUUCCAUUCAUAAUGGCACAUAUUUCUGCCCAUAACAUUAGCUUUAAUAUCUCCUCAUCUACAAGCAUGUACACACACAAAUGUGCUCUGGAUUGUUUCAUCAGCCCCUUCACCACAGUCAGAGUUAUCACAGAGCCAACAUCUGCACAUUUGAGUAAGCCAGAGGUUGGACAAAAUGCACAGAUAGCUGCACACUGAUUUGGGAGUUUGAGGAUGGAGUUAUAUAAAACUGGGCCAACCUAUUACUCACAAUAUGCAUAUUUUAAAUCAUACAAAUUCACAUAUGUUAGUGCACUUUUUCAAAUCUGGGUACGUACUACAGUACUAAUUUGCAAAUGUAUUUUCAAUUUCUUUCAAAUAAGAUCAGAUUUGAUUAACAAAAAAAGCUGUGGUAAAUAAAAGAAUUGCUGUUUGUUUAAUCAAGAACACAUGGCUAAAGUGAUGAAUAAAUGUUUCAUAAAACUGACUUGAUUCUUGGUUUUAUAAAUUAAUAUCAUAGUAGAAUGGAAUUUGGUUGGGCCUAUUUGAUUUCAAUGUUGGUACACAAUCGACUUUGUUGUGAAAAGUUAUAAAUGCUUCAACCUGCAGGACCAUUAACAAAUCCGUGAAUAUUUUAAUAUUUUUGUCAUUGUCAUUUGUAGCCUUCAACAGUUAGCUGUUAUAAAAGUAGGCAUUAUGUAAAUCAUUUCACUGGAAUAAAUCCUUUGAGUUGUUAUUGUAAA